GUGUGCGUGUAUGGAACACAUGAGACAAAAGAGGAAGUAUCGAAAUGCAUGUCUUCACUCAGUCUUCGCACCAUCGAGUGGACUGCUGACCUGAUUCGCGCUGUCCAACAAGUCCCCAAGAUGCUUUCCGGUGAGCCAGCGUCGUUUCUCCUCCUCAACACCUCCCUGAGCGUCCCGGCGGCCAUGGCGAGUAAAGGACGCAACAUGGACACGCUGGCUGUCAUCCUCAACACGCUCAUGAUCCUGCUGGGCAUUCCGGGCAACUCUUUUGUGAUCUGGGUGGCGGGAGUCAAGCUCAAGGCAAACGUCCUCAACGUGUGGCUGGUCAACCUGGCCGUGGCCGACGUCGUCUUCUGCUUCACCCGAAUCUUCUCCUUGAUCAAGAAGCUGUUCCUGGACCACUGGCCCUUCGGCUUGUUCAUCUGCAAGUUCAACGGCUUCUUCAAGUACGCCAACAUGUUCGGCUCCGUCUUCAUGCUGGCCGUCAUCAGCGUGGACCGGGCCGUCUGCAUCUGGUUCCCGGUGUUCACUCGGCGCCACUGCACCGUGUGUCACGCCCGAGUGGUGGCCGUGUGCGUGUGGGCGGCGGCCGUUGUCUUCAGCGCGCCUUACUUCUUCUACCGGCAAGUCUUCCUGGAUGCCAAGAACCUGAGCAAGUGCACGGUCGAGGAGGUCAAGGACACGGACGCCAGGACGGCGCUCUACUUCAUCCGCUUCCUGUGCGGUUUCGCGUUGCCCUUCCUGGUCAUCCUGGGCUGCUACAUCCUGGCCGGGCUGGGCAUCCGCCGCAUCCGCUUGUCGGGCAAGUCCCGCCCCCUGCGGGUGCUGGCCCUGCUGGUGGCCGCCUUCUUCCUGUGCUGGGCUCCGUACCACGGCCUGCUGAUGCUCAGGAUGGUGGACAGCAAAAGCUCGGCGGUCAAGGCGUGGCUGCCUAUCGCCAAGGGCGUGGCCUACUUCAACAGCUGCGUCAACCCGCUUCUUUACUUCUUUGUGGGCCUCAAGAUGAAGGGCCGCUCCAAGAAGUCUCUGACGGGCCUCUACAAGAGAGCUCUGGCCGACGAGGUUGACGCACAGUCGGGGCAGACCAACGAAGACUUCGUGGAGAGCCGGUCUCGGGUGUGAGGGCGGCGGCUGAGGGCUAAAAUAACUGCUAAAUACUGUACAAUAAGAAGACGACUAAUAAUGAUCAUGUAUAGCACCCGUUGUAGCUUUCUUCUCAUACGGUAUUGCGGACUGCAUAACUAGUUUCAACGGAUUUGCUCACUGGUCCUGUACAGUGAAGUGA